GACACUUUCUACGGACACGAAGACACCAGCAAGCUCUGUGCACGAUUCGUUAGCCAUACGUUUAAUUGCCCUGAGAUCCUUCCACCUCUGCCAACAUCUAGCUCGCCUUCUGCACCUCACUUCGUCGCUUAUGCCCUUCACCGCACACGGUUGCACCCCUCUGUUGUUUUCACAGCCCUCGCGCUGCUUCACAGGCUGAAGUCUCGAUUCCCUGCCGCUCGCGGCAGUUCAGGACAUCGCCUCUUCCUUGCAGCCUACAUGCUCGCCUCCAAGGUCGUCUGUGACGACACGUACAGCAACAAGUCGUGGGCCGUUGUCGGCCAAGGCAUGUUCGCUCUCCGUGAGAUCAACCAGAUGGAACGGGAAAUGCUAGGCUAUCUGGAGUGGAGUCUGAACGUCCCAGGAGAGGACCUUGCGAAAUUCGAACGAGAGGUAAGGAGGAUAUAUGGU